AUGGUGCGCAACAACGACCCCGCCCUCGCCGGCUGGGCCGCGCAGACCAAGGCGCAGAUCGUCGCCGCGCACGCCGCGCCCGCCGUGCAUCACGUGCGCGCGGACGGGCGCGCGGACAAGACCGAGUGACGCGGAUACUGUAAGACGUGGGCUGCGUAGCCGCGGGCUAGUAGCCCCUACGUGUAAUUUUUUUUAAUAUCUGCUGUCCGGAUACGGCUCCCCAUCGCCCGUCGCCCGUCGCCUGUCGCCUGAGGGCCGUUCCUAACGAAGAGUUGGGUGUGCUAGCACACUAACUAGCACCCUAGCAUUUGGCAUGAAUGGAUUGGUUGAACGGGAGUAAAAGCAUUUCCAAUCAUUUUUUCAACCAA